AUGCCACUCCAGCAGCUGGACGCCAAUCUGCGCGCCUACAGCAUCCCCGCCCGUUCGCGCGACUCUUUCGCGAGCGACGCUUCCUAUGCGCACACGAGAGACGAGAAUUCCGCCCUCCCUCCCAAACAGCCCGGCUCCAAAACACCUCCAUCUGAGCGCCUCUUGGCCCCGACCCGGUCAUCUGCCGCCAAAGCUGCAUCGGCCAUUACGCGCCCCGGGAAAGCUCUCCCGCCAUCACCGCCCUUCGUCUCGCUGGCGUCACCAGCUACAGGCCAGCCCGACACCCCACCAAUGUCCCCAGCCAUUGUGCCCAAGUGGUCUGACCGCGUCGUCCGCCGCAUCAUCUCCCGGGAAAGGGUCGCCAAGCAUUCUGAGCCAUCCUCGCCGAGCACGCACGCCUUGGACAUGCCGCCGCUACCAGCUGUCCCCGUCACCGAAAAGCCAUUGCCUUCCAGGCCCAUUGCAUCCGUCGCCUCGGAUCUCAGUCCGUCUAAAGACAGCCGCACCUUGAUUGACGCCGUUGAGAAGCCUUUGCAGAUGUCGCAGGAAGGUAGCGCUCGCGACUGGCCGGCACUGACUCCGCGAUCAGUGAGUGCACCAGAGCCCAAACGACCAAGUUUCAGCCGCGAUUUGAAAUCGACGCCGAGUGCCAUCCCGCGGAGAAUUUCCACUAAGUCGAUCGCGCGAACCUCUGCCGAUGCGGUCAAGAUGCUCGACAAGCGCAUGGCGAGGAACAGUAAUGCUUCGGUCCUCACGCAACACUCGUCGGAUCCAUCCUUUGUCAGUGCAGAGGAACCCAACUUGACCGAUCAUACCACCGAAAGAGCUUCCAUGAGUCUUCCAUCGCUUGUCCACACUCCUCAACAUGUCGCGCCUGCACCUCAACUCUCAACUCCGGCGCAAACUACCCAAUAUCCAGCCCGCAUGCAAUCCUUGGGACACCGCUUGGGCAAUGGAAACCUCACUCAACCCAAGAGAGCAUCUGGCGCAGAAAUGCCGCGACGUCUCUCUGGCAUCGCUGGUCCAAAUACCCCGAUGGCACAGCCUCGCGGUCACAGUCCAUCUCCGGCAAGCUUCUCUCGUCCGAGACCCGGUAGUGGCGCUUACGCCGCACCUUUGCCUUCACUUCCGAAGGACACUCCUCCAUCUACUGCCGAGAAAGUCUUGCAUCAGCGGACCGCCUCGCGUAUUCCGAUACCGGAUUCGAAGAAGGCAACUCUGGUGGACAUUCGGACUCUACCUCCACCGCCAAACAGCGAAGGCAGUCCGUCAUUCGGAGCGCGGCGAUUGGUGUCUCCUGGCGCUCUGGCGAUCCUGGAUCAGGGCACCAAGCGCCGCCUGCAGCGUGCCAAUACAAACGGUAGCACGGCAAGCACGGAGUCCUCGUCAACUCGGAUCCUGAAUCUUGAUCAUGUCAACGAGAAACAGCAGCGAAGCCGAAGCAAGAGCAGCUCGCCCGGAGACACCUUCGGUCCAAGCUCGUCAGACGAGGAGGAGGUCGUUACACCUGUGAUGGAACCGUUCAGACUGCGCAAUGGAGCAAGCUUGAAAUCAGACCGAGCCACGGAUAUGGAAGAUCAAUUCAAUCUGACACCAGAUGAACUGAGAUUCCGCUCGCUGAGAAGAGCUCCGCCUUCGAAGAGCCCAUUUACUGGCCCCCUGCAGACCAUUCACUCCCAAGCAACGCUAGCAAUGCCUCAUGCCGAGGAUUCACCCACCAAGAAUGCUUGUAUUUCCCACUCCAACCAAUUUUCCAAUCUAGCUCGGCGCCUGCAUCAUCUCAAGUCGAGCCAUGGUUCAGACAAUUACAAGGACGAUGAUACCGAGCCUGUCAAUCAGCAGGGUUCUCAGCACCUUUUGAGACAGCUACUGGAAGAGACUCAGUGCCAAGAUCAGAUCUGCCAAAACAGUGGCAUGCCAGGACUGGACAAGGAGACUAAGAAUCACCUCACGCAGACGCUGUGUCUAUUGGAAGGUCACGGCAGCCCAACCCAGGACAAUUUCGAUCAUGGUAAGCUGGAGCAGAUGUUUGGCCAACUAGUACCAGGAAUCAACAGAGCGUCGAAGACAAAUACGCUUUUGAAUGAUGCCACUGCAGCAACACGGUUUCUGGAAGGCGAUUCUCGCGACAGUGUUGUCGAAAAUCCCUCGCCCGACCAUGUUAAUGGCAUCGCUCACGGCGGAUCAGGAGGCUUCAAUGAUGAUGCUACUGUAGCAGAAUUGCCAGCGAAUGAUGCCUGCCAGACGCCCGCCGUGAGCAAAUGGUCUGACAGCACACCUUCCGCGCAAGGCAACUCAACAGAUCUGAACCGAAAGGAGCCACAAUGCUCAAUCGGCUACCCGUCAGCUACCCAUGCGCCAGGUGUUCGGUCACCCGCCCACCUGACCCAUGGACGACAGCGUAACUCUGGAUUCAGCAGCCGGAACUCAUCUCCGACGCUUGGCCACUCCAAGCGCGGACCAGAAAGCAUUCUGGCAAAAGGGAGCGUACAGCGAGGCCACAAAGCUGGCGAACGAGCUGGCUUUGCUCGCAUGACUGCUUCGGCAGCGUCCAAGAAGAUUCCCAGAGCGGCCGGCUCUCGCCCUAACAUUGCGCAGCCGCCACGUUCGCGAUCGAAGAGCCGCACUGUGCUUGACAAGAUCAACGGCUUCUUUUCACAUAAGCGCGACAAGAAGACUGAAGAUGGGUCCGAAGCGCCACCACCACUGCCACCACUCGAUUUUGGGAACUUGUCCACCCGCACCACUGCACACAUCGACGAAUCCAACAGCCCAUUCCCUCAACUACAUCGAAUGAACAGAACUACGAGCCCGCCGCUCACAUCGGUGCCUGAAACAUCAACAUGUCCACCGUCGCAAGAUCAUCGCAGCUUCUCGCGCGCCAGUGACAAGUCUAUGGCUAGCAUUCUGCCACUUGAUGGCGACUGCGAUGGAACAGUUCUGACGCUUACCGAUAAGCUGGUUACUAAGGCUAAACAGGAGAAGUCGGUGACGCGCAAACAACGCCUUACGAACUUCGCACAUAUUCUGAACGAUGCUCUGAUCCACGUUCGAGAAGCCAAGAUCAGCGCGGAGACUGCUCGUCAGAUGGCAGACCAAGCCGAGCUGUCGUACCUGAAGACGCAGAAGGGGGUUGAUAUGCUGUCGAGACUCGCAUCAUCAUUGGUUCAGGGCACAGUGCGGCGCUAG